AUGUCAUGGGCUUCAAGAAGGCAAACGAGCAGAGUCGAGGACAUGGCUUAUUGCCUACUGGGAUUGUUCGAUGUUAAUCUUCCCUUGCUCUACGGGGAGGGAAUGAAAGCCUUCACAAGACUACAGCGUGAGAUCAUUCGUCAUUCUAGUGACCAAUCGAUCUUUGCCUGGACGACGAAGUCGCGAGCGGAAAAUACUGGCAUGUUUGCCUCCGACCCUUCAGCUUUUGCAAACUCGGGCGAUGUUGUCCAGCUCCCCAAAGCAUUUCCAUCCAAGGAGGUUGUGCCUUACGAGGUGACAAAUAGAGGUCUCCGAAUCAAGCUGCCAUUCAUCACAAGGAAUGGAUUGCUCUCAUAUACGUACCUAGCUCAUAGUAAAGAGCACACUCUGUAUCAAGUCAAACUUGGAUGUUGUAGGUCAUAUGCGCCUGAGACCAAUCUGAGCAUUUUGCUACUUGAAGACCCAAAUAAUGAAUCGGUAAGAUACGAUUCUAACACACUUGUGAUGGAGCAAUACAAGGAAGUCGAUAGCAAAAUAUUCUAUGUAACAAAUCCAUCAGCUCAUCAACCUGCCGCGGACAAACCACAUCUCUGGUCAUCUAUAUGUCUGUAUGUGGCGCCAGACUUACAAGCCGAAGGGAUUUCAGUACUAGAUAUUUCGUCUAAUGCUCCAAAGGAGAUACAGCUCCACAAUGACAGAUCACAAAUUUCACGUUAUAUUUCUUCCCGGGAGGAAGCGCCGAGGCUGAUAACCCUGACCGCAUUCAAAGGGACAGAACACAUACUGUGCUGGAAUGACCUGCUAGAUCCCUGCCACAAUGGCGCGUGGACAAGAGCGUCUAGACUUCGCGAUCCUCCAGAAAUCUUCAUCUCGAUGGCAGGAAAGUCAAUUGAUUAUGAAGCAACAGUUCAAGCCCUGCGCAACUUGCUAAGACUGUCAUUCAAAUGCCCAGUGCCAGCACGUGAGAGACUCAACUUGGAUGAGCUUGUUUCAUCUGACCUGAAAACAUUGCACUUCGACAGGAAUGACAGUGUACUGCUGCCUUGGGUCGAAGGGAAAGACCUACAAGUAACAUUAAGACAUGAAAUGGCAGUCAAUCAGGAGUUUCCUACUCUCGUAAUAAGUGUCGAAUUUGCGAAGGGGGACGUCAGCCGAAUUUUUGAGACGCCGUUUCUCAAAUAG